AUGGACUACUUGGAAAUUACUUAUCUACCAGAAAUUUCAAGUGCAACAGUGAUUGCGAAAAGGAAGAAUAUGUUCGCUCGAUGGGGUAUUCCAGAGGAAACAGUAUCUGACAACGGUACACAGUUCAUGUCAGCAGCGUUUCAAAGCUUUGCAGAACAGUACAACUUGUAUGCUCAUUUUCCACAAGCCAACGGACAGGCCGAUAGUGCAGUCGAAAUUGCUAAAAGAAUUGUGGAACAACAGGAUCCAUUUCUAGGACUGAUGACAUACCGAUCAACUCCCAUCUCAGUUACAGGUGUAAGUCUAGCUCAGUUAAUGACGGGAAGACAAAUGAGGACCAACGUACCAGUAUUGCAGAAGAAACUUCGUCCGCAAUGGCCAAAUCGUCAAGCUGUUAAAAAGGCAGACGAAAAGGCGAAAUCAGGGUAUCGUUUUUACUUUGAUCGAAGACAUCGGGUACAGUCUCUGUCUGAUCUCGAUCCAGGGGAUACUGUAAGAAUUAAACUGCAAGGAGAUAAGAACUGGUCUACUACAACUGCUUCGGUAAAGAAAGCAGAACCAUACCGUAGAUCUUACAUCGUUGAGACACCUCAGGGCGUAUUCAGCAGAAACCGUCAUCAUCUGCAAAUUGUUACUCCAAAUAGUGACCAGAGAAGACCAUCUACGCAUACUUCAGAUCAACCAGCUCAACACGACAUAGUCUGA